CGGGGUGAGCACGACGCCGCCGACCGGGGACGGCGAAGAUACAAGUGGCCGGGGGUGGUGACUGUUUGGCUUUUAUGUGUUACGAAAAAUUUAUUUUUGAAAACGUGCUGAAGCACAAACACUUUUUAGCAAAACUGGAAAACGGGCACCGACUAUUUGGUGUUUCAUUUUAACAAAAGUAAUAUUAAGUUUCAAAUUUGCCACGUUUUAAAAUAAACCAAAAUUGUGCCAUUAGGAAGAAAUUAGUUAACUAACACGGCAUUCAACAAUUUGAAGCACUUUUUUGCAACUUUGAACAUUUUUGUAAUAAUAGGAAAAUAUAUUAGAGAUCCGUCGCUCGACGUCUUUUCAAUUCUCUUAAAAUUGGUGUUAGUAGUGUUAUAAAACUUGUAAGAAGCCAUCAAACUAAACAGUGUUGUUAUGCAAUGACUAUUGGAUCUAAUCUCUUUGGAUGUUCUGAAUCGCUGAGCGUCGCUCGAGGCGCUAUGAAGGAAAAAAGUAAAAAUGCGGCGAGGUCCCGCAGGGAGAAAGAAAACGCCGAAUUUAUAGAAUUGGCCAAGUUGUUGCCACUUCCUGCUGCCAUUACGUCACAGUUGGAUAAAGCGUCCGUUAUACGACUUACGACCUCGUAUUUGAAGAUGAGACAAGUUUUUCCAGAUGGUUUGGGGGACGCGUGGGGGGCCACUCCGGUCGUCACCAACCCCCGCGAAGCCCCAAUCAAAGAACUCGGCUCAUAUCUCCUCCAAACUCUCGACGGAUUUAUCUUCGUCGUGGCCCCAGAUGGGAAAAUUAUGUACAUAUCAGAGACAGCGUCGGUGCAUUUGGGGCUGUCGCAGGUAGAACUCACGGGGAAUAGCAUUUAUGAGUACAUCCAUCCUGCGGACCAUGACGAAAUGACGGCUGUUUUGAGUCCCACGAUUCCGGUGUUGGCCUCACAGCAGGAUUAUGAGAGCGAAAGGGCGUUUUUCCUGCGGAUGAAAUGCGUCCUGGCGAAGAGAAAUGCGGGGCUUACGAAUGGGGGAUACAAGGUGAUCCAUUGUUCUGGUUACCUCAAAGUGAAGCAAUUCACCGCCUCCUCAUCUCCAUACGAAGGCUGUUACCAAAACAUGGGCCUCGUCGCCGUAGGCCAUUCCUUGCCUCCUAGUGCCAUCACCGAAAUCAAACUCCACGCCAACAUGUUCAUGUUUCGGGCCAGUCUCGACCUAAAACUAAUCUUCCUCGACGCCAGGGUGGCCCAACUGACAGGCUACGAGCCGCAGGACCUGAUCGAAAAGACACUCUACCACUACAUACACGGCAGCGACAUCCUGCCCAUGAGGUUCGCCCACCACCAACUGUUGUGUAAAGGCCAAGUGACGACGAAAUACUACCGGUUUUUGAGUAAGGGUGGGGGCUGGGUGUGGAUGCAAAGCUACGCCACCAUAGUCCACAAUUCGCGUUCUUCCCGACCACACUGUAUAGUCUCAGUCAACUAUGUUUUGAGCGAUCUUGAAGGCAAGGAUUUGCUCCUGAAUUUGGCGCAAGGCUCCCUCCGGGAGGACGUCCCCACAUCCCCCAAGAGCUCCCCCAAGCCUCUCCCCAAGUACCAACCGAGCCGGUCCCAACCCCCUAUCAUUUCCCCUCCAAUACCCGAGGAUGAUUUCAGCGAAUCGGUGGCAUACCCCACCCCCGAGUACUCCAUGUUCCUUUCUCUUCCUCCCAGUGAAGAACCGUACUACUCCUCCCACCAAGAACUCUUCUACCCCUACUCCGACCCGGAAAUUACCCAACACCAUUUAAUCAACCAAUCACAGCGACCCUUCAGUGCUUCGUCGUCAAGUUGUAGUUCUUCCGAAAGUGAGCUUCAUCUUCAAAAUCUUAAUUCGAACCCGUAUUGUGGGGAGAGUGGACUACAUGGACAACAUUUUAAUCUUUCGUGUUUUAAUAAUAAUCAACAACAGCAACAGAAUGUGUACGGACAGUUGAAUCAUGUUGGUAGCCCUGCUGGAUAUACGAGUGUCAUUGUGGAUACGCAGCAGUACCAACUUGCUAAUGAGUACGUUCACUAGUGAGUUACCAAUAUCAUAUUUUGUGUAAUUUUUUAAAUAAUUUAUAAAACUUUUUGUAAAUAGAAGUGAGUCUCCCCGUGUUGUGCCAUAAAAUGAAGAGUUUGAUCCGUGUAAUUUUAUUUCUAGCAUUUACUAUACUUUGAAUAGAUACGACAAUAAUUUAAGACUGUGAAUACCAUAUGUUGUAUAUAGCUCUAUGUACAAUAAUUACUUUAUAAUUACGUAUGCCCUACCAAAUAUUAAUAAAAAAUUGCUGUUAUUUUU